AUGACCUCGGACGUCGACGCGCGCUCAAGCCUCUGCUAUGAGGCCAACGCCUUCAUCUACCUCCUGCCCGAAGACGUGCCCGGCGGUCUCCUCUCGCAGCCCGUGUACGCGCGGGUCGGCGACUCGGUGUCGCAUCCCGUGACGACGAUCCCGUGCGAGGGGUCUCACGCUGCGCUCUCGCUGCCCGCGCUCUCGCUCGGCCACGUGGUCUCGGAAGACGAAGCGCUUGUCGCCAAAACCGGGCUCUGGUACCGCCACAGCGUCGUCGUCGCCGUCAACGACAGCGAGGUCUGCCACGGCCAAGUCAUUGCGUACGACGUCCCAACGCGCAAGCUCACCGUGCGCACAAGCACGGGCCUCUUCACGGUCCAUCAGCGCAAUGUGCAGCGCGCGCCCGAAAUCUGCGCGCUGCUGCUCUGGCCCUUUUCGUACUCGAGUGCGCAAAAGCUGACCGUCGAUGUGCACUCGCGGCUGCUCAUGACCUUGGCCUCCGAGAGUUGCCCGGACCUGCCCGACCUUGUGCGCGACCUGGUUGAAGGCGGUAGCGACGAGGCGUCCACCGACGAGAUGCUGCCGCAGCCGCAUGACAUUCGUCUCUGGCUCGACUUGGGCAGCGGCGUUGACCGCCUCACGACCCUGUCGCACGCGAUCCACUACUACAAGCAUGCAAUGCUUCGCCUCCGCGUCGACGUCGCGAUUGGCACAUCGAUCUGCGACGACCCGUCGCUUCGGCACAAGACGGCGGCGCCACCGCCGUUCCACCAACGACUGUCGUUCUGGCGCGCGCUCCUCGCCGUCGCAGUGCUUGGCGGCAUCAGCUACGUCAUCUUCUACAUCGUCACGGGCCGCUUCCACGUGCGCGACAUGUGGCGAUAAACGUAAUUUUGUAUGAAAAACUAUACGCUAAUCGAUUGUCGAUUGAGCACCCUAACCCUACAGAGAAAUGGA